AUGUCCAUCGCUACAGCAAGUGCUUCGACCGUUGAUCUUCACGGAAGGAUUUACAAGAUCCCAACUCAACCAACAGUGGUAGUCUGCAUCGACGGCUUCGACCCAGAGUAUCUCCAAGCAGGCAUUGCAAAUGGCGUUCUACCAACCUUGACAUCUUUCCUAAAACACGGGUUCCACACCACAGCAAACUGUGCCAUGCCAUCCUUGACCAAUCCCAACAAUCUAUCAAUCAUAACAGGUGCACCCACUGCUACCCACGGAGUCGCUGGUAACUACUACCUCGACGAAGAAACGGGGAAGGAACAUAUGAUCCUCGAUGACUCCAUGGUCCGCGGAACAACCAUCUUAGCUAAGCUAGCAGAUGCUGGAGUUAGAGUAACAGCCAUCACGGCCAAGGAUAAAUUGAGAAAGAUAAUCAACCAUGGUCUUUGUCCCAAAAAGCGGUCAAUAUGCUUCUCUGCGCAAUGUGCGGAUGAGUGCACGGAGAGAGAGCACGGUAUCAAGGAUGUUUCAUCAUGGCUAGGGAAGUCAGUUCCCGCACAAUAUUCCGGCGAAUUAUCUCUCUUUGUCCUUGAUGCAGGACUGAAGCUUCUGCAGGAGAAACGGGCUGACGUGUUAUAUCUUACGUUAUCCGAUUACAUUCAGCAUAAAUAUGCCCCAAAUUCCGCUCAAGCAAAUGAAUUCAUGCAUGCCAUUGAUUGUCGUCUGCGCGAUUUCGUCAAGCUUGGAGCCAAUGUGGCUGUAACGGGUGAUCAUGGAAUGAACGACAAGUCCGACAAGGACGGAAAUCCGAAUGUCCUAUUCCUCGAAGACUUUUUGAUUUCAAGGUGGCCAAAUAGCGGUGCUAGGGUUAUUUGCCCAAUUGCAGAUCCAUUCGUUAAGCACCAUGGGGCUCUGGGUGGAUUUGUACGCGUGCACUUGAAAGAGAAGUCUGCUGUCGAUGACAUGAUCGCAGAUUGUCGAGAUCUGCCUGGGGUGGAAGUUGCACUCAGUGGCAAGGAAGCUUGCGGCUUAUUUCAGAUGCCGUUGGAUCGGGAGGGAGACAUUGUUGUGAUAGCUAAGACGGACUUUGUCAUUGGAAGUAGACGCGAUGAACAUGAUCUUUCUCAGCUGGGCGGUCACAGAUUGCGUUCUCAUGGAGGAUUAUCUGAACAGGAGAUUCCAUUACUGAAGUCGACUCCCAUCUGCGAUGGAGACGGUCUCCAGGGCAAGAGAUGGAGGAACUUUGAUAUCUUUGACCUUGUAUUGAACCACUAG